AUGAAGGAUCUUAACUGGGAUGUCGAGGAAGACUCGUUCACGUCCAACACCCCCUAUGGAGAGAAGCGGCCCAAGGAGGCUCGUAUUGGCCCACAUUUCGACAGUAAAUAUUUUGCUACGUAUCCUGACAGCCAAUUUGUAGGAGCAACGGAUUCUGCUGCACCUUGUGCGAUGCUACUCGAUCUGGCGCAGACACUUGAUGGACUACUGAACGAGAGGCAGAAGCAUUUAUUCUUCGACGGUGAAGAAGCAUUCAAGGAUUGGACUCACACCGACUCGUUGUACGGUGCACGACACCUGGCCGAGAAAUGGGCUACAACCUACUUGGAACCAAGCUCAAAACGCAAACUAUAUCCAGUCCAAACAGUUCUUUCCACCAUUGAGCAUUUUGUCCUACUCGACCUUCUUGGUGCUCCAACGCCCCUCAUUCGAUCCUACUUCCCUUCCACAGCUUGGCUAUUCGAUGAAAUGGCUAGCGCAGAGACUAGAUUAGGCACUGCGGGUGCACUGGAUGAGAGUGACUUCAAGUGGGACCCUCAUAAGAGUGGGUUCUUCAUGCCUCGUACGGGAUAUCAGUCGUCGUGGGGUGGAAUCGAGGAUGACCAUAUCCCAUUCCUUGAAAGGGGAGUGAGCAUUUUGCAUAUCAUCGCCUCUCCAUUCCCGAGAGUUUGGCACACACUAGCUGAUGAUGCAAACGCCCACUUGCCCACAAUGAAACACUGGAACAUGGUCCUUCGGGUGUUCACUGCCGAAUAUCUCGGCCUCAGACCGGCAAAUUCUUCGGCCAACCAACCAAGAAGCGAGUCAAUCUCCAAGGCUACCGAAGAACUAUAG